AUGGGCUUCGCCGCCGAGGAGCCAGCCGGUGCGCCCCCAGCCGGAGCUACGGCCCAGGGGCAGACGACGCCGACAGCGACCGAUCCGUAUUCCUACCAAGUCGGGUUCGGCAACAGGUUCGCAACAGAGGCCAUCGCCGGUGUCUUACCGCGGGGGUGCAAUACUCCGCAGCGAUGCAAAUACGAUUUGAUUUCAGAGCAGAUCAACGGCACGCCCUUCGUGUCGCCCCGGGCAUCUCUGCUGAACGCUUGGUUCUACAGGAUACAGCCUUCAGUGGUUCAUAAGCCGUUUCAAAGGCUAGACGAGAACCCAGAUCUCGAGGCAGUGUUCACUCCGCCCAACCCAAAUGUCGUCUUCACACCGCAGGACCUGGGGUGGGACAAGUUCCCUUUACCAGAAGAUGGAGCCUCGGUCGACUUUAUUUCUGGACUGAGGACUAUCGCUGGUCAUGGCGACCCAUCGCUGAAGGAGGGCAUCGCUGUACAUGUCUACACAGCAAAUGCGCCCAUGAUAAAAAGAGCCUUCUGCAACAACGAUGGAGACAUGCUCGUCCUGCCCCAAGAAGGUCGGUUAGACAUCCAGACCGAAUUUGGCCGCCUCAUGGUGCGACCUGGAGAACUCGUCGUCAUCCAAGCGGGAAUGAAGUUCACAGUCACGCUGCCGGAUGGUGUCGGACAAGGCUACAUCCAGGAGGUCUACGGCAGCCACUACGAGCUGCCCGAGCUAGGUCCAGUGGGUUCCAACGGCAUGGCCUUGCCUCGGGACUUUGAGACGCCCGUGGCCAGCUUCGAUGUCGACAUGUCCAAGUGGCAGAUUGUGGUCAAGCUGAUCGGGCAGCUCUUUAGCUAUGAGCAGAGCCACACGCCCUUCGACGUCGUCGCGUGGCACGGCAACUACGCGCCUUACAAGUACGCCCUCGAAAAUUUUGUCAACUCGGCAACGGUGGAUCGCGACCAGAGCGACCCGUCCAUCUACUGCGUCCUGACGGCCAAGUCCAAGAGGCCCGGCGUGUCCACGUCCGACUUUCUCGUGUUCACGCCCAAAUGGAGCGUCACGCGCAACACCUUUAGGCCGCCCUACUACCACCGCAACGUGUCGACAGAGCUCAUGGGCAUGAUCUGUGGCAAAUGGAGCGGAUCGGCCACGCAUCUUGAGCCCGGAGGCCUGACCUACGAGCCGAGCUACAUGCCUCACGGCGAGAGCUACGAGAGGUGGAAGUCGGCCACGAGUGAAGACCUGCAGCCGCAGCGCGUGGGAGACGGGGUCAUGGCGUUCAUGAUGCACAUCUCUGGGCAUGUGUCGUUGACAAAAUAUGCCCUGGAGAGGUGUAGUAAUCUGCAGCCGAUCCAAGAGGAUUUGUGGGAUGACUUCCAGCCUGGGUUUUUGAAGCAUCUGAGUGGUGGCGCGGUCAAUGGGGACGCCAAACCUCAUGUCAACGGAGAGUCGAAAGAGGGCUAA